UUGCAAUUAAUGAUAUUGUUAUCAUUACAACUUAACUUACAUUAUUAUGAUAAAUAGAUGAAAAGUCACCCCUGCAGAUCUCAUUUGGUAAGCUCCGCUUGACGCGGGAUUCAGUUGAAUCAGUCAGAAAGUCGCAGCGAUUCCCUGUAAAAAUUCAGUAAAUGUAUGUUGACCAAGAUCAUGGAGCAGAAAUAUGAGGAUGAGAUUCAGAUGCUUCAGAAGGAGAUUGAAAUGCUGGAGGCUGAACGAGAAGAAAGUCUACGAUCCAUUUUCAUAGAGCAUGGAGGUCGACUGCAACAGGAAAUAAAAUCAGUCUUUGAGGAAAAGGAAGGCGGUGGAGAACAAAAACACGCUCUUUCAAAGCUCAUCACACAAAUCAGAAAUCUGGAGAAAGACCUCAGACGACAGACUGAAAUCAACGGGAUCGCUCUAAAUGAGUGCUUUAUGAAGACGUUGCACAAAAGUGAAAGCAGACAGGUACAGCAAGUCAGACUUGCUGGUCACUGCGGUCUGCUGUUGUUUCAAGUUGAGUUUGCCGUGACUGAGAUUCAGGAGGAUAAAGCUUUGCACAGAAGAAUUACCGAGCUCAAUAUUGUCGUGGAUGGUGCAGAAUUUAAAGAUUUUUCUGCAUUUGUAUCCAGAGUGGAGGACACAAAAGAUCUUCUCUUGUUCUUCAGGACCUUGAGGAUGUUUUCUGAAAGAUGUGAGGAGAGACAGCAAACAUUUCAGCACUUUCAGGUAAUGCUCUACCAGAGAGGAUGUUUACAGAGGCGUUUUGGUCGAUCGAAAUCCCAACAUUUCGACCACAUUCAAAAUUAAUUAAAAAAGCAUUUG